UUCUCCAAGCUUUCCGAUAACUCGAAGUUACCACCAUUGGUGUCUGACGCGGACUUCGACAAGCAUUGUAUAACUCUGCCACAGAUCGAUCCAGUGGUACCUGAAGUGGUGUUUCUGUGAUCCGAACAUAAUUGACAUUUAAAAGUUUGUUCCUUUUGUUUAUGGAUAUAACCGGAUGAUACGAUAACAUGGUCCCUACGGUAAAAAACCUGAUGAGGAUGGUGCUGGUCCAUCAACGAUGAGCGGCUCAGCCUAUUUCUCGGAUUUCACGAGGCCAGGGGCCUAACGAUGCGCGAAGAAGAAUUAGAAGUAGCCCUUAAGGUGGUGAUUGUGGGCAAUGGUGGUGUCGGCAAAUCGAGCAUGAUUCAACGAUACUGCAGAGGUGUUUUCACUAAAGACUAUAAGAAAACGAUAGGUGUAGAUUUCCUAGAAAGACAAAUAGAGGUAGAUGGUGAAGAUGUCCGAUUGAUGUUAUGGGACACAGCUGGACAAGAAGAAUUUGAUGCCAUUACCAAAGCUUAUUACCGCGGUGCUCAGGCAUGUGUUCUGGCAUUUUCUACCACAGAUAGAGACUCCUUUGAGGCGGCUCAUUCGUGGAAAUUGAAAGUUGAAAAUGAGUGCGGAGAAAUUCCAACUGUGAUCGUUCAAAAUAAGAUUGACCUUCUGGAUCAGUCAGUUGUAAAUCCAGAAGAAGUUGAUUUGCUCGCUCGCGCGCUAGGUUGCAAACUUAUAAGGACCUCAGUGAAAGAAGACCUCAACGUGGCAGCAGUAUUCAGACACCUAGCCUCAAAAUGUUUGGCAGAAUUACACGAUACCAACGAUUUCGAUUACAUCACGGCGCCUAACCAUCACCACCUCCCCAACUCUCUAACAAUCAGUGCCUUUAGUCCUAGUCAUUCUUCCAAAAACCAUAAUAAUGGAACUAUAGUGUUGCGACCUAAUAAACAUCACAAAAAAAAGAAGAACGUUCUGAAGAACGCUUGUAAAAUUUUGUGAUUCUCGAGUUCAAAUAAGUGAGUUAUUGAUCACCAUGUAUAGUGUACUUAGUUUCGUUUUACCCUACGCGCAGGACGAUUUCAAACCAAUUUAGGUUAUAUUCGACAGGCCAAAUGGUGAAGUGCUAAUAUAACUCUAGGUUUAUUUAUUUUACUACACUAGGAUUGUUUUCUUACGGAGAAAGUAUCCGAUAAAUUUCCUUCAUCCAAUUAUGAUGAUUCCGUAAAGUUUGAAAUUCAUACUCUUUUGGAAUUUUGAAUCCGUUAAUUCUUUCGGAUACCUUUAUGAAAAUGUGUGAAUAUAUAAUUUUUCGAUUCAAUAAUAAUCAUCUGUGUUUGUGCACUUCAGUUUUUUUUUUCUUGAACUUAUUACGGGGGGUAGUUGAAAAUGAUCUGAUGUUGUUUUGUAAUGUUUGUAUAAUGAUUAUUUUAUUUUAUUCUGUGUGUUCUUAUUGAAAAUAUUGAAGAUAAAGUUAUUAACAUAUUAA